ACUCCUCCAAGAUCAAGUUUAAAACCUGGUCCAACACGUUCGCUCGGUGAAGCAUCAGCAGGACUGAGGGGCUGCGAAAGCUCCAGCUGCACCAACAAGGCCUGCCGUCAGAGGAGGACAACCUCAGCGAGAUCUUUUUGUGAAAGACUGUCCAGCGAAUGAGCUGAAACUGCCUCUUUGGGAGCCAGAACCGGUGAGGAAGAACUUACAGAGCAGCAGUUGAGGGCAUCCUCAGAAGAACAUAGUGAAGAGGCGGGAGGAGUUCUGCAGCCUACCACAGUGACGGACGAGGAGACGGAGACACUGAGGGACAACAGAGAAGGCAAGAACUCUAGUAAAGACCCUGGAAUAAUCACCCCAGAGAAGGAGCUGAAAGUCAACGUGUCAGGGGGUACGCAGCCACUCCUGCUGGCGAAAGAAGAAGAUGCAGGAACAAAAAGGUCAAAACCUACAGAGGACAAUAAAUUUUGUCACGAACAGUUCUACCAGUGUCCUUAUUGUAACUACAAUAGUAGGGACCAAAGUCGGAUGCAGAUGCAUGUCCUGUCACAGCACUCUGUACAGCCGGUCGUCUGCUGUCCCCUCUGCCAGGAUGUCCUCAGCAACAAAAUGCACCUCCAGCUGCAUCUGACCCAUUUGCACAGUGUGUCUCCUGACUGUGUGGAGAAACUGCUUAUGACAGUGCCUGUCCCUGAUGUAAUGAUGCCAAACAGUAUGUUACUGCCAGCGGCUGCCCCUGAGAAGUCAGAGCGGGACCCGCCUGCAGUCAUGUCAGCGGAGGGAUCUGGAAAAUAUUCAGGUGAAAGCCCAGUGGAUGACAAAAGUAUAGCUGGUCUUGAAGAGUCAAAGGCAAGUGUGGAAAUAAAGAGCGAGGAGCAGAAACCAGCAAAGGAGUCCUUGGAGGCCUCAGAAUGGAAUAAAAACAGCUGUAAGGACGGGAAAAUCUCAGACACUCUGCACGAUCAACUGAGUGAACAACCCAAACGGCAGCCCUUAUCAGUUUCUGACCGCCAUGUUUAUAAGUAUCGUUGUAAUCAUUGUAGCUUGGCUUUUAAAACUAUGCAGAAGCUUCAGAUACAUUCCCAGUAUCAUGCAAUUCGGGCCGCUACAAUGUGUAACCUCUGCCAGCGGAGUUUCCGUACAUUCCAGGCUUUGAAGAAACACUUGGAAGCCGGCCACCCGGAACUGAGCGAAGCUGAACUCCAGCAGCUGUAUGCCUCCUUGCCAAUGAACGGUGAACUCUGGGCCGAGAGUGAGACGAUGUCCCAGGAUGACCAUGGCCUAGAUCAGGAAAUGGAGAGAGAGUAUGAAGUGGACCAUGAAGGGAAGGCGAGUCCUGUAGGAAGUGACAGUAGCUCUAUUCCAGAUGACCUGGGCUCUGAACCAAAGCGGACCUUACCUUUUAGAAAAGGACCCAAUUUUACCAUGGAAAAAUUCCUCGAUCCAUCUCGUCCUUACAAAUGUACAGUGUGUAAAGAGUCAUUCACCCAAAAGAACAUUCUCUUGGUCCAUUAUAACUCCGUGUCUCACUUGCAUAAAUUGAAAAAGGUUCUGCAAGAAGCCUCCAGUCCUGUCCCGCAGGAAGCCAACAGCAGCACAGACAACAAGCCCUACAAGUGCAGCAUCUGCAGUGUUGCCUACAGCCAAAGCUCGACCUUAGAGAUCCACAUGAGGUCCGUGCUCCACCAGACCAAGGCCAGGGCUGCAAAGCUGGAGCCAAGUGGGCACCUAACUGGUGGGCACAGCAUCACAGCCAAUGUGAACAGCCCUGGCCAAGGGAUGUUAGAUUCCAUGAGCUUAGCUUCAGUCAACAGCAAAGAUACUCACUUAGAUGCCAAAGAAUUAAAUAAGAAGCAAACUCCCGAACUAAUCUCUGCUCCACCUACCCAUCAUCCACCACCGCGGUCACCAGCACAAAUCCAGAUGCAACUUCAGCACGAGCUGCAGCAGCAGGCUGCGUUCUUCCAGCCACAGUUCCUAAAUCCAGCUUUCUUGCCUCAUUUCCCAAUGACCCCAGAGGCACUGCUCCAGUUUCAGCAACCCCAGUUUCUCUUUCCAUUCUACAUACCUGGGGCAGAGUUUAGCUUGGGGCCAGAUCUGGGCUUGCCUAGCUCGGCCACGUUUGGGAUGCCAGGUAUGACAGGAAUGGCUGGUUCCUUGCUCGAAGAUCUGAAGCAACAGAUUCAAACGCAUCACGUUGGCCAAACGCAGCUUCAACUUCUACAACAACAAGCACAGCAAUACCAGGCUGCCCAGCCCCAGCUGCCGCCGCAAAAUCAACAGCCGCCCCCACCACAGCAGCCACCGCCGCAACAGCAAACGAGCAAACUGUUGAAACAAGAGCAAGCUAGCCUGGCAAGCACAGACUGCCAGCUCAUGAAGGACAUGCCAGCUUACAAGGAGGCGGAAGAGGUGACCGAAAAGCAAGAAAAACCAAAGCCAGAAUUUACAAGUGAUAGCGAAGGACUCAAAGACAGCAAAGACGCAAAGAAGCAAAAAUCCUUAGAACCCUGUAUUCCUCCACCCCGAAUCGCCUCAGGGGCCAGGGGAAAUGCAGCCAAAGCUUUACUGGAGAACUUCGGGUUUGAAUUGGUCAUUCAGUAUAAUGAGAACAGGCAGAAGGUCCAGAAGAAGGGCAAAAUUGGAGAAGGCGAAAACUCUGACAAGCUGGAGUGCGGAACGUGUGGUAAAUUGUUCUCGAAUGUUCUUAUUUUGAAGAGUCACCAAGAACAUGUGCAUGGGCAAUUUUUCCCAUAUGGAGCACUAGAGAAAUUUGCUCGCCAAUACAGGGAGGCCUAUGACAAGCUUUAUCCAAUUUCUCCUUCCUCCCCAGAAACGCCACCGCCGCCUCCUCCUCCUCCGCCUCCUCCCCUGCCACCUGCACCUCCACAGCCUUCUACUCUGGUGCCCGUGAAAAUCCCAAACGCAGUCUCGGCCCCUCUGCAAGCUCCACCACCUACUCCUCCACCACCUCCACCACCGCCACCUCCACCGCCUCCUCCGCCUCCUCCCCCGACUGCACCCCCACAGGUCCAACUGCCUGUUUCUCUUGAUCUCCCCCUCUUUCCCUCCAUUAUGAUGCAGCCGGUCCAGCACCCUGCACUUCCCCCUCAGCUUGCCCUGCAGCUGCCACAGAUGGAGACCCUCUCUGCAGAUCUCACUCAGCUUUGCCAGCAGCAGCUGGGGCUCGAUCCGAGCUUCUUAAGGCACUCGCAAUUCAAACGGCCACGGACCCGGAUUACAGAUGAUCAACUCAAAAUCCUGAGAGCUUAUUUUGACAUCAAUAAUUCUCCAAGUGAAGAACAGAUCCAAGAAAUGGCAGAGAAAUCUGGCCUCUCCCAAAAAGUCAUCAAGCACUGGUUUCGCAAUACACUCUUUAAGGAGAGACAGAGAAAUAAGGACUCUCCGUACAACUUCAGUAACCCUCCUAUAACUGUUUUAGAAGAUAUCAGAAUUGAGCCACAACCCACGUCUUUAGAACAUUACAAAUCAGAUGCCUCAUUCAGCAAAAGGUCAUCCAGAACAAGGUUUACGGACUACCAGCUUAGGGUUCUGCAAGACUUUUUUGACACAAAUGCUUACCCAAAAGAUGAUGAAAUAGAACAGCUAUCUACUGUUCUCAACCUCCCCACCCGGGUUAUUGUUGUAUGGUUCCAGAAUGCUCGUCAGAAAGCACGGAAGAGCUAUGAGAACCAAGCAGAAGCUAAAGAUAAUGAAAAAAGAGAACUCACCAAUGAACGGUAUAUCAGAACAAGCAACAUGCAGUACCAGUGUAAAAAGUGCAAUGUGGUUUUUCCCAGAAUCUUUGACUUGAUCACACAUCAGAAAAAGCAGUGUUAUAAGGAUGAAGAUGAUGAUGCCCAAGAUGAAAGCCAAACAGAAGACUCCAUGGAUGCUACUGACCAAGUGAUAUAUAAGCAUUGCACCCCAUCUGGACAAACAGAUACAGCCAAAAACAUUGCAGCCCCCACAGCCAGUUCAGGCUCUGGGGCUAGCACACCCCUGAUUCCAUCUCCCAAGCCAGAACCUGAGAAGAGUUCUCCAAAACCUGAAUAUCCAGCAGAAAAGACAAAGCAGACUGAUCCCUCUCCUCCUUCUCAAGUCACCAAGUCAGCUCCCCCAUCAGUGCCGACUUCUUCAGAACCACAACAGGCGUCCAUAUCUCAGCCCCCACCACAGCCACCCAAACAAACCCAACUGAUGGGGAGACCUCCCUCGGCUUCUCAAACUCCAAUCCCUUCCAGUCCACUGCAAAUUUCCAUGACUUCUCUUCAGAACACACUACCUCCACAGUUACUCCAGUACCCAUGUGAUCAGUGUACCAUUGCCUUCCCAACCCUGGAACUUUGGAAGGAACACCAACACAUGCACUUCCUCGCUGCUCAAAACCAAUUCCUCCACUCUCCUUUCUUGGAAAGGCCCAUGGACAUGCCCUACAUGAUAUUUGACCCCAACAAUCCGCUGAUGACCGGACAGCUGCUGGGGAGCUCUCUCACGCAAAUGCCACCACAGACCAGUACUUCCCACACCACAGCCCCCGCCAGUGUUACUGCUUCGCUUAAAAGGAAAUUGGACGAUAAGGAAGACAAUAAUUGCAGUGAAAAGGAGGGCGGGAAUAGCGGCGAAGACCAACACCGCGAUAAACGCUUGAGAACCACCAUCACUCCGGAGCAGCUCGAAAUUCUCUACGAAAAGUACUUGCUGGAUUCCAACCCUACCCGAAAAAUGCUUGAUCACAUUGCACGAGAAGUGGGGCUGAAGAAGAGAGUGGUCCAAGUCUGGUUCCAGAACACGCGUGCUCGAGAAAGGAAAGGUCAGUUCCGGGCGGUGGGUCCUGCCCAGUCCCAUAAACGGUGCCCAUUCUGCAGAGCUCUAUUUAAAGCAAAGUCAGCCUUAGAAAGCCACAUUCGCUCUCGCCACUGGAAUGAAGGGAAGCAGGCAGGUUACAGCUUGCCACCAAGCCCUUUAAUAUCCACAGAGGAUGGGGGAGAGAGCCCACAGAAAUACAUUUAUUUUGAUUACCCAUCUUUGCCAUUAACUAAAAUCGAUCUAUCUAGUGAGAAUGAACUGGCCUCAACAGUGUCGACGCCUGUUAGUAAAACAGCAGAGCUGUCUCCGAAGAAUCUUUUAAGUCCUUCUUCUUUCAAAGCUGAAUGUCCUGAGGAUGUCGAGAAUUUAAAUGCCCCUUCAGCUGAAGCUGGGUAUGAUCAGAAUAAAACCGACUUUGAUGAGACAUCGUCCAUUAAUACGGCUAUUAGUGACGCCACCACAGGAGAUGAGGGGGCAGCAGAAAUGGAAAACCCAGGAGGAUCUGCCGAGGUGAAACCUGCUUUGUCUCCGAAAGAAACCAAAACUCUCGACUCUUUGCCAAAAGCAGCAACCACACCCACCACUGAGGUCUGUGAUGACAAAUUUCUCUUUUCUCUCACAAGUCCAUCGAUCCAUUUCAAUGACAAAGAUGGUGACCAUGACCAAAGCUUUUAUAUCACCGAUGACCCGGAUGACAAUGCUGACCGCAGCGAAACGUCUAGCAUAGCUGACCCCAGCUCACCAAAUCCAUUUGGGUCUAGCAACCCCUUUAAAUCCAAAAGCAGUGAUCGACCAGGUCACAAGCGCUUUAGAACCCAGAUGAGCAAUCUUCAACUGAAGGUCCUCAAGGCUUGCUUCAGUGACUAUCGGACUCCAACCAUGCAGGAAUGUGAGAUGCUGGGAAAUGAGAUCGGUCUGCCCAAACGCGUGGUGCAGGUGUGGUUUCAGAAUGCCAGGGCAAAGGAAAAGAAGUUUAAAAUUAACAUAGGAAAGCCUUUCAUGAUCAAUCAAAGUGGAACGGAAGGCACCAAACCAGAGUGUACCCUCUGCGGUGUGAAGUACUCUGCCCGCUUGUCCAUUCGAGAUCAUAUUUUCUCCAAACAGCACAUUUCCAAAGUGAGGGAGACGGUGGGCAGUCAGCUCGAUCGGGAGAAAGAUUACCUCGCUCCUACCACUGUUCGACAGCUAAUGGCCCAGCAAGAACUAGACCGUAUAAAGAAAGCUUCGGACGUGCUGGGCCUAACAGUCCAGCAGGCAGGCAUCACAGAUAGCUGCUCACUCCAUGGGAUCAGCUUGCCGGCAGCCUACCCUGGACUCCCCGGCCUUCCUCCAGUCAUCCUUCCUGGAAUGAAUGGUCCUUCCUCCUUGCCUGGAUUCCCUCAAAAUUCAAACACUUUAACACCGCCUGGCGCAGGCAUGCUUGGGUUUCCUAGUUCAGCUACUUCGUCUCCUGCCCUGUCUCUCAGCAGUGCCCCCACCAAAUCUUUGCUGCAGACUCCACCACCGCCACCACCACCACCUCCUCCUCCUCCUUCAUCCUCUCUGUCAGGACAGCAGGCCGAGCCACAGAACAAAGAAUCUGAAAAAAAACAAAGUAAGCCAAACAAGGUCAAAAAAAUCAAAGAGGAGGAAUCGGAUGCCAUCAAACCGGAAAAGCAUCCUAAAAAAGAGGAAAAAAUCUCAUCUGCUCUUUCAGUGCUGGGCAAAGUGGUAGGGGAAACACACAUGGACCCUACCCAGCUGCAGGCCUUGCAGAAUGCCAUUGCUGGCGACCCAGCAUCCUUCAUAGGAGGACAGUUCUUGCCAUACUUUAUUCCUGGGUUUGCUUCCUAUUUUACACCUCAGCUCCCUGGAACAGUGCAGGGAGGUUACUUGCCACCGGUCUGUGGCAUGGAGAGUCUCUUUCCCUAUGGUCCCGCAGUGCCGCAGACACUGGCGGGGCUGUCCCCAGGGGCGCUGCUACAGCAGUACCAACAGUAUCAACAGAGCCUGCAGGACUCUCUGCAGAAACAGCAAAAACAACAGCAAGAACAGCAACAGAAACCAGUUCCUGCCAAGACAGCCAAAGGCGAGGGCGACCAGCCACAGACCUCCAAUGAGGCUUCGGAAACCAAGGAAGAAAAAAGUACUGUUCCCGAAAGCACAAAAGAAGAACCCCAGUUAGAAUCCAAAAGUGCAGAGUUUUCAGACACUUACAUUGUUCCAUUCGUCAAGUAUGAGUUUAUAUGCAGAAAGUGCCAGAUGAUGUUUACUGAUGAAGACGCUACGGUAAACCAUCAAAAGUCCUUCUGUUAUUUCGGUCAGCCUUUGAUUGACCCUCAAGAGACAGUGCUUCGCGUCCCAGUCAGCAAAUAUCAGUGUCUUGCGUGUGACCUGGCUCUCAGUGGGAAUGAAGCACUUAGCCAACACCUCCAGUCAAGCUUGCACAAAGAGAAAACAAUCAAACAAGCAAUGAGAAAUGCCAAAGAGCAUGUUAGAUUAUUACCUCACUCAGUCUGCUCCCCUCCUCCUAACACCACAUCUACCUCGCCGUCUGCAGCUUCUUCUAAUAACCCCUACCCUCAUCUCUCUUGCUUCUCCAUGAAGUCCUGGCCUAAUAUCCUUUUCCAAGCAUCCGCCAGGAAAGCUGCUUCGUCCCCGUCUUCUCCUCCCUCCCUCUCCUUGCCUUCAACGGUUACCUCAAGUUUGUGC